AAUCUGAAUCUGAAUCUGAAUUUCCCCCCAAAACCAAAUAUCCCCAGUACAGUAGGACUGGAUGUCAGCUAUUCUGUCACCAGAGGAGUUUAUGAAAAGAAGUGUUGCAUCUCGAAGAAGUACAAUACACUUUAUGCCAUUUACGUUUACAUUACACUUUAACAACUUCACAACUGUUGCAGAUAACUUUAUGCCAAAAUAGGAUUCUGGUCACAUACUACAUACUCCUUUAUGUAUACGUGUUCUGUUUGACUUGGUAUGUUUGCCAUGGUAUGAUUUGAGAAGUCACUUUAGCGGCAGAUGACCACUGACAAACUCAAUAAAGCUGUUUCUCUUGAUGUUGGUUUCUUUCCCAAUGUCAAUACAGUCAGAAUGACUCCACAGCGGCUGUAACUAAUUUGGUAACUCUCAGGUUCAAAUACAAUAUAUAUUUAUAUUCAUCCUUGCAUUUCAGUUGAGAAAACAGAUCUUUGGGAUCAGUUCUAUUAUGUACCUGCCUCCCUCACUACACUCCAGUAUACAAGCGCCCAUAUCUCAAUGCCCAUCUCUGAACAGCAACAUACACAAACCUAAGCACUUGGCUAACUCUCCGUAAUGUAAGUUUUGCAGUUAUUCAUUCAAUAAAACAAAAAAUGUAAUGCUAUUUUGUUAACAAAAUAGAUGAAACCUGUCUGUGUCUGUUGAAGCACGAAUGAUGAUCUUUUAAUAAAUGAAUGUCAUUCUUGCAUACAUCUUUGCAGCUUGUGUAAUCAACGCUACGUAUGUGUCUAUGGCAUUCAAAUGAUCUUGGCCUAAAUCCAUCUUGCUCUUUUGUGUUUCUCCUUAUAAUCAUCUGAUAAAUAAAUAUAUAGCCUUCUGGCUCUAUGUAAUCUGAAGCAGGUUCACCCUCUGACCACACCUGCUGCUGUUGCUGGGGUUCACUGUUCAUUGAGGCUUCACCGCCACUGCAGAGGAACAGGGAUCUGCCACUGAGCAUGCCCAGUGCAAUCUGGAGCCUGUAGAUCCAGUGCACGUGCAGGGGAGGAGGAGGAGAAUAGACAGUGGGGAUCUCUGUUGGAGCUCUGAGGUGGAAGGAUGCACGUUGGAGGCAACAUAGACACACAGGGAUAUGAAGGACACAUUGACGGACUGGUUGAUGUAUUCCUCGGAUAUAUUUGAAGGGUAACCUUUGUUCGUAGAGAGACGUGCAGGUAGUGGUGAGACUGUCAUUGUUCUGGUUCAGGAGUUUGGUCAUCGACAGCGACACCGGGACAGCUUGGAGAGAAUGUAUGCCUUCUACUCCCUGUUAGUGUACAUCUUCUACACGGUAUUCAAGAAGGAGGAUGAGGAGGAGGAGGAAGGUGCCUUAGAGGAGCCAGCACAUGUUUCCAUGGAAACAGUCAGUAGGAGGAGAGAUGGCCACGCCCCCAAGAAGAAGAAACAGGCUUGUGCUAGGCUUAGCGAUUCCAGCAGCGACAGCGAUCGGCUGUCUCCAAGUGAAGACGAUGAGGAAGCUGCUCUAGACAUCCCAGCAUGCACUCCUCUUGCUGCCUUUAUGUCUUUCAAGCAAGAGUCUGAGAAGAGGAGGGUGUCACAAGUGCAAGUAGACACAACAGCAAAGAUGGCAGAGUCUCCCCUUGUGGCGGUCAUGUCCCACCUGAUGAGCUUCCUGGAGCAGUACUCCCACUUCCAGCAGCUCCAGCAGCAGGUGGACCAGUACCGGGUUCAGCUGAAGAGGCACCGGGUCCAUCACCGCCGGCAGAUGAAGGUUCUGCGCGCCUCCUACCGCGAGCGCCUCAACGACAAGAACAGCAUCAUCUGUAGCCUGGAGGAGGCCGUCAGCCAGCCGCACACACUAAGCCCCCUGACCCCCUCGGAGGAUGAGAGCAGCAUUUCUUCAGGUGGUCUUGUGGGGGUCCAAAGCCUGGUGGAGUCUCUGUAUGGGCUCCAGGGGGAGAGGAGCAGGCUGAGGGGAGAGCUGCGUCUGAUGCACUCCCAGCUGGAGGACAAGGAGCAGGACAGGAACUCACGCAUCCUGGCCUUCCAGCAGCAGAUUGACGAUCUGAAGGGUGGUAUUGAGGAGCGUGAAGAAGAGCUGUCCAGGCUGAGAGCUGCCUCAGGGGCCACCGACUCUGAGAAGAGAGUGCUGUGUCUCUCGGUGGAAAACGACAGUCUGAAGCAGAGCCUGAGUGUGACUCAAGGCCUCCUGCAGCAGCUGUCUGCCAUCCCCUCCCAGUCCAGCAACAUGCUCCUGAAGGAGAACGAGAGCCUGCGCGGCCGCAUCCAGCAGCUGGAGACCAGCCUGCAGGAGCGGGCAGAGCAGCUCUCCCACCUGGAGAGGCAGAGCGAGAAGGGCGAGUGGAGGAGAGGAGAGGAGCUGAGGAAGCGCGAAGAUAGAGUGAGGGAGCUUCAGCUGGAGCUGGACAGAGAGCGAGGCAAGGAGCCUUUGGUUAAGUACGUAACCCAGACGGUUGAGGUGGAGUCCCCCUCCUCGGUGAAGCAGCUGUCGAAGGCCAAGCAGAAGAACAAGCUCCUGUCUGAGAAGCUGUCCAUUCAGGAUCAACGAUGCAAACACUUGGAGGAGCAGAUCCGAAAGUCUGACGAAUACAGCUGUAAUCUGCAGCACAAGAUCGCUGCGUACGAGAGGGAGAUCAGUGCGCUGAGGCAGGAGCUGCUGACAGAGAUCGGCCACCUGGAGGAGAAGAAGGAGGAGGCUGUGAAAGCCGCCUCCUCCUGCUCAACAGAGCACUUCCACAGCCUGCAGGAGCAGUUCUUCAGCCUGCAGAAGCGACUGACCGCCCUCCCCCCAGCCCUGGGCUCCAUGAAGACCGACUACGCGAGCCUCAGGAGCCAGGUCCGCAACUUCUCAGACUUUUAUGGAGCGGCGAUCAGCGAUGCCAAGAAACAGAUCAAUGCAGCGAUCCAUGAGAUGUCCGAAGCCAACAAAGACCUUAUGGAGAAAUACAGGAAGGAAGUGGCGCUGCGUAGGAAGUACCACGAACAACUGGUCGAGCUCAAAGGUAACAUCCGCGUUCUGUGUCGUGUGAAGCCCGUGCUGAAGGAGGACCAGCAGGAGGGCCAGGCGGUGGUGGUCACCACAGACCCCAACAACGAGUCAGCCCUCUCGGUGAUCAACAAGGGAAAGGCUCGCGCCUUUGAACUGGACAAGGUCUUCCACCCCCAGGCCACGCAAGAAGAGGUUUUCCAAGAGAUUGGGCUUCUUGUGACCUCCUGCAUCGAUGGCUAUCACGUGUGCAUAUUCGCCUAUGGACAGACAGGCUCUGGGAAGACUUACACCAUGGAGGGCUCAGUUGAGAAUCCUGGCAUCAACCAGCGGGCUCUGAAGCACCUCUUCAAUGAAAUAGAAGAGCGCAAGGACAUGUGGUCUUACACCGUGAACGUCAGCUCUGUGGAGAUCUACAACGAGCUGCUGAGAGAUCUGCUGAGCAAGGAUGGAGAGAAAUUGGACAUCAAGAUCAAUCCUGAUGGAACGGGGCAGCUGCAUGUGCCAGGUCUCAGGGUCACGGAAGUCAAAGGCUUUCAACACAUCAAGAAGGUCUUGGCCAAAGCCCGUCGGAACAGAAUCACCUUUGGAACCAAGAUGAACCAGCACAGCUCGCGCUCCCACGCCCUGCUCUGCAUCACCGUGCACGGCACCGACCUGGCCAACGGCUCCAAAACCACAGGCAAGUUAAACCUUGUGGACCUGGCUGGAUCGGAGAGGGUGUGGAAGUCUGGUGCAGAGGGGGAGAGGCUGAAAGAGGCCCAGAAUAUAAACCGCUCCCUGCUGGCACUUGGGGAUGUGAUCCAGGCUCUGAGAGGCAACCAAACCCACAUCCCUUUCAGGAACUCCCGUCUCACUUAUCUUCUGCAGGACUCCCUUGGGAAAGGCAACAAGACAGCCAUGGUCGUCCAGGUGUCUGCUCUUGAGAGCAAUGUGGGCGAGACCUUGUGCUCGCUCAAGUUUGCCCAGAAGGUGUGUAGGGUGGAACUUGGUCCUGCAGCCAGGAAGAUUGAAUCGGGUGCAGCCCAAUGCGACUAGCAUGUCACCAUUUCCUUCAGGAUGACAAGGGAUGCAAUGCCUUACAAAACAAGCCAGAGAUGAAACAUCAACCCACAGCCAGGCGCUAACAGCUGUGAUGCUGAAAGAACGAUUCAGCUAAAGGGCUAUAACUGUGGAACUGUGCAUGACACCAGAAUCACACCUUGAGAUUGGUAGUUUUUGUGUACUAGCUCUAUAUAAUGAUCGAAUCAGCAUGUAGUAUUAUUUCUUCAACUGCGGUGCCAAAACAAUGUUUCUCUCUCUUUGAAUAAGCUUUUCUUAAACCAAGCUGUGGUUUGGUGCAAUUGAAUCACAAGCAGUGAGAGGUUGCAAAAGUAUUCCUCAUUAACCAGUUAAGUGCUUAUACAGGGAUUCAGAUUGGGAGAAAAUACUCAAUGAGUUAGUAAGGUGCAAACCAUGAAUCAUUCAAAUAUACAGUAUUAGGCUGGCUGUGGAUUUUUUUAUGUUGAUCAUUAAUAGAUCAGUGGGACAUCGUUUCAUAAGACUUGGAUUUGGCCCAUACCCCAGGGCAGACCUCAGCCUGGAGUCCACCAGACACCACCAUAGUAACAUUUAGUUAUCGUUAAACACAUCUUGCGUAUGUGUUUUGUGAGCUUAACUUAUACCACUGUUUUAGAGUAUAGGUGCAUAGAAGGAAUAUGGUUUUCCAUCAACUGAAUUAUGGAAUAUUCUUCAUUGACGCUUUCUUCUAUGUACAGUGUAAUUUUAGGUCUGGAAGGGCAGACACUCAAUAUGACCUCUGUUAAGUUAACAUUUCGAAAGGAGUAGAAUAUAUAGAGACGGGAAAUUGCUGUAUCUUCAAUUACUAUUGGUGCAAUAUUUAUUUUAUGGAUGAGCAAUGUAAUUCAGAGUAGAUAUUGACUGCACUUUAUGGUGAAAUAUUAAUGUGAUUUCUUUUUGCAACAUAGGUGCUUACUGAUACACUAGCGAUAAUCAUACCAAAACAUGUUAUUUUAAUCCCUUAUAAGUAUCCCAACAUAUCAGCUAUAGCAAAGUCACUCGAUUCAUUUGAGUAGGGAGUAAGAUGUGUUCCUUAUUUCCUUCAACUACUGCGGAGUUGGAGGAAAUAAAAAGGUCAAGAAUUUAACCUAUUACAAUCUCAGGCAAUAAAAAAUGUGCAGA